CUGGCAGGGUUAAGAGUUUGCAUUUGGUUGCAACUCGCAAGCCCUGGUUAGAGCGCUUGGAGGGAGAGAGAGAGAGACAUAUACACAUCAGACAAGACUAAGAACAUGAUCUGCCUACUCCUCCUGUGGGGGUCUCUCCUCUUUGGAGUGGUCAUUUCCAGCCCAACCCCAAGGAAGCUUUUUGGGGAGAUCACAUCCCCCAAUUACCCCAAGCCAUAUCCCAACAACAACAUCAGCACCUGGGACAUUACAGUCCCAAAGGGCUUUGUGGUGAAGUUGAACUUCUGGCAAUUCGACCUGGAGCCAUCUGAGUCCUGCCUCUAUGACUAUGUCAAGAUCACAGCAGACAAGAAAGACCUAGGCCGGUACUGUGGCCAGCUAGGCUCAGCCACAGGCAACCACCCAGGAGUCAGGGAAUUUGUGUCCAAAGGGAACCGGAUGAGGAUGAUGUUCCACUCUGACUUCUCCAAUGAAGAGAACGGCACCCUUAUCCCCUACAAGGGCUUCCUGGCCUAUUACCAAGCUGUGGAUCUGGACGAGUGUGCCCAUGGCAAUGCCCUUGAGGAAGAAGAGGGGCCUCUGUGCCAGCACCUCUGCCACAACUAUGUGGGUGGCUACAUCUGCUCCUGCCGCCCCGGUUACCAGCUGCAGAGCGAUCAACAUUCCUGCCGAGUGGAGUGCAGCAGUGAGCUGUUCACAGAGACCUCUGGGUACCUGUCGAGUCCAGAGUACCCCCUUCCUUACCCUGCGGAGCUGCGGUGCAACUAUAGCAUCCGCCUGGACAGGGGGCUGGCCAUCACCCUCAAGUUCCUGGAACCCUUUGAUAUCGAUGAUCACCAGCAGGUCCACUGUCCCUAUGACCAGCUCAAGAUCCAGGCACAUGGGAGAGAGAUUGGUGAGUUCUGUGGCAAGGUGUCGCCUGGCAGCAUCGAAACCAACAGCAACGCGGUGGAUGUGCUGUUCUUCACAGAUGAAUCAGGGUUCAGUCAUGGAUGGAGGCUCCACUACAGCUCAGAGAGAAUCCGUUGCCCACAGCCUGUGCCAAGGGAUCAGUUCACCCUCAUCAAAGACCUGCAGCCCCUGUACCGAUUUCGUGACUACUUCAUCGUCAGCUGCCAGACUGGGUAUGAACUGAUGGAGGGUCACCAGAAGUUGGCAUCCUUCACCGCUGUCUGCCAGGAUGAUGGGACUUGGCACCGACCCAUGCCCCGGUGUGAAAUUGUGAGCUGUGGUGACCCCAAAAAUCUCAACAACGGGGCCUUCAAUUAUGUUAGCGAACACGGAAACAACAACUACCAGUCCGUGAUCACCUACCGAUGCAAGGAGCCUUAUUACCGCAUAGUCACCAACAGAGGGAGUGAUACAUACAGCUGCUCCGCUCAGGGCUCCUGGGCAGACCAAGAUGGCCAUGAUGACAUCCCAGUGUGUUUACCAGUGUGUGGGAAGCCAGACAAACCCAUCACUGGAAUCCAGCGGAUCAUCGGUGGCAGCACAGCACCGCCGGGAAGCUUCCCAUGGCAGGCAAAGACACGCAUGGUUGGGAUGGGGGGUGGGGCGCUGCUGGGUGACCGCUGGAUCCUGACAGCUGCUCACACCAUCUACCCCAAGCAACACGACUCAGUGACAGAGACAGAUGGGAGGAUGAGCCUUGCUGAGGUGGCUGAGAAGAUGGAGGUGUUCCUUGGCCACACAGAGGUGAAUAAGAUCCACGAGCUGGGUAACCACCCCAUCCGCAACGUGUUCAUACAUCGUGACUACAACCCUGAUGAUGAGAACAACUUCAAUGGGGACAUUGCACUGAUCGAACUGCGGGACCCAGUGCCACUGGGCCCUGACCUGCUGCCUGUCUGCCUCCCAGAUGCUAGUAACAGCACUUUCUACACCAAUGGCUACAUGGGCUAUGUGAGCGGCUUUGGGGUAGAGAAAAAUGUUCUCGCAGACCGUCUGAAGUAUGUAUCACUGCCAGUGGGUGACCAGAGAUCCUGCAAGAAAUGGCUGCAGGAAAAGGAGGUCAAUGGGAAGGGCAUGGUGUUCUCUGAGAACAUGUUCUGUGCUGGCUCGCCCAGUGGGGGGAAAGAUACCUGCCAGGGGGACAGUGGGAGUGUCUUCACUGUGCAGGAUUUAGAGAGCGAGCGCUGGGUAGCCACCGGGAUUGUCUCCUGGGGCAUCGGCUGUAGCAAGAGCUAUGGCUUCUACACCAAGGUCAUCAACUACCUGGACUGGAUCAAAGAGAUAACAGGGAUGUAGAGGCUCUGAAUGCCACUAUCAUAUUGGCUGAAGGCUCUGUGAUGUCAAAUAGGUAUCCAAACACCCACACAUCAUUGGCUGAAACAUAGUGAUGUCAUAAAAGAUUGUGAUGUCAAAACAGCCAUAGGAAUGGUUGAAUUCUUGGUGAUAUCAUCACGGCUUCCCAAAGCCUCUGUGCCAUUGACGGAAGCUUUGUUGGUGUUCUAAAGUUUCCAAAUGUGUCUUCACUAUUGGGUGAAGCCUUGACAAUGUCAGGUAGUCUUGUGAAAUCCAACAUGCUAUUGGCUGAAGUCUUGGUGAUAUCCUAAAGAUUUCUGAAAUCUGUCUCACUAUUGUUUGAGAUGCUUGCAAUGUGGUAGAGCUUCCUGGAAGGUGCUGAGUGUAGAUUGUACUCAUGCCUUGGCACCAAUGAGGUUCUGUCAAUAUUAAAAUCACUGCUAUAGGAA